UUUGAUAUAACGAUUAUGAUUAAAUUAUAUUAUUAAUUUGAAUAGAGGUUAUAAAGAACGAAACGAUUAUGAAAAGUGAAAAGCAAGAUCUAAAGAACUUUAAAUCGUUAUGGAUUCGAUUGGACGAACAUUCCAUAUAUAUUCAUCAACUGUUUUUUAAAGAACAUUCUAUUAGAAAUCAAGAACUUGAAUAUCCAAAAGGGCGCACGUUAUUUGUAUUAAACAUUCCUCCUUAUGUUUCAAAAGAAGCAUUAAGAUAUACAUUUGGCGAACAUUUUGGAUAUGUAGACUUGCUUUAUUUUGUAAAAACCAAUGGAUUCAAAACUGCAUAUAUAGUAUUUCAAGAAGAAUUGUCUGUAGAAAAAGCACUAAAAAUUUCUGAUAAUUAUGUAGUAACAUUACAUUCACAAAACAGUGUAUGCUUUUUUGGAUUAGAAAAAUGGGUCAUAGAGUAUAAUGAGUCACGAAUUGAUCAAGAAAAACUGAAACAAAAUAUUGAGGAAUAUAUGGAAAAUUAUGAAAAACAAGUUGCAGAUAAAAAAGCAAAGGAAAAAGCUAUAGAAGAAGCAAAAGAAAAUGAUGGUUGGGUAACUGUAACAGGACGAAAGAAAAGAGGACAAUUUGCUCUUUCUAGGAAAGAAUCUACUAUUAAUAAAGUACAACAUAAAGAGGAACAGAAAAAUAAGAAAAAGCAACUGCUUAACUUUUAUACUUUCCAAAUUCGUGAGAGUAAAAAAAAGAAUUUGGCAGAGUUAAGAAAGAAGUUCGAAUUAGAUAAAAAGAGAUUACAAGACUUAAAAUCUAAAAGAACGUUUAAACCAUUUUAA